AUGCUAUUAAUUGUGUUCAUUCUGCUCGCAUGGAUCCUUUGGUCGAUUUUGGUGAAAACGAGCGUCGGCAAAAACGGAAAACUUCAAAUGCCUCCCAGUCCGCGAGGCCAGCUGCCGAUUUUGGGGCAUUUAUGGCGUUUCGACCCGACUCGACCCUUUCGCACCAUCGAUAAAUGGGCUAAAGAGUUGGGCGAUGUGAUCACCGUCUAUUUCGGCUCAACACCAGUCAUCGUUUUGUCAAGGCAACGAGUGAUUCGUGAGGCUUUUCUGAAAGAAGGCGAGAAUUUCUCGGGACGUCCAUCGCUUUUCGUGCAUGAGUCUUGCUGGGGAAAGGGUCAUGUAAUAUCAGACGGACCUCGGAAUUCUCUUUUGAGACGACAUUUGUUGGCGAUUUUACGUUCAAAGUGCCGAGGCGUCGACUCGAUUCAAGAGCUCGUCACUGUGGAAAUUAAAAGAAUGCAUGAGUACAUCGAAAAGCAAAUGGGAAAAAACGAUUACGCCGACAUUUUUCUUGAAGACACCGUUUUCUAUGUUGUCGGCAACGUUUUGACUCAACUUGUUUUAGGCCGGAGACACGAACACGGCUCAAUCGAGUUUCGAGAAUCAGCCCGUUGGUUAGACGAAACGACACGUUUAAUGGAGAAAUCAUCAGCUUUAACAUUUCUUCCGUGGUUGCGUCACUUGCCAGGCGGUGGUCUUGGGUACGCCGAGAUGAAAACUCAAGCGAAACGAGUGCAAGAUCUGAUGCGAGAAGAUAUCCACGAUAGGCGGCGGAGUGGAGAAUAUAAAGACCCUUCGCGUACCGACUUGACAUCGGUGUUUAUGAGGAAAAUUGAUGAGGAAAUGGUGGGAAAUGAGGAUCUCUUUUCCGACGAGAUGCUUGUCCGUUUGAUGACUGAGAUGUUCUUCGCCGGGAUACAGACAGAAUGCAAUACUUUUGGGUGGGCGUUUCUUUAUUUUCUGUUCUAUCCCGAAGUGCAGAGGGAGUGUCGUCAGCAAAUUUUGGAAGCAUUGGAUUCAAGCGAAGAGAUCUUGUGGAAUGAGAAGGAUCGAAUACCGUAUCUAGAGGCCACAGUUGCCGAGGUGCAGAGACUCGCCAACAUUGCUCCAUUCUCGAUGCCACACAAAAACCAUGAAGAAACAACUCUUGACGGCUAUCGGAUACCAGCCGGAUCACUCAUUUUCAUGAAUCUUUACACCACUUUGCUAGAUGAUCACGUUUUUGAGAAUGCCAAAGAGUUUCGCCCGGAACGUUUUCUAAACGGAUUGAGGCUGGAUCGAGCAAGAAUGGCUGCCUCAAUGCCUUAUGGAAUUGGACCAAGAAUGUGUAUGGGAGAAUCGAUUGCCAGGCUAGAGCUGUUUUGCGUGAUCGGCAGCCUGUUGCGCACGUACUCUUUCGAGCAAACGCCUGGCGAGAAGUACUCGCUCGACCAAAAAAUGGAACUCACCAUUCAUCCAUCAAAAUAUCGAAUCCGAGUGCGCAAGCUGGCACGCACGGAC